ACAAAGCAAAAAUUAUUGAUUUUAGCCUCCCAAUGAAAAGAAAAAGGUUGGGGAGGGCGGGAAAACCAGAAAGCCAAAGAGACACCGCCGCUUGAGGGCCUUUCCAUUUCACAUUUCCUAUCGUAAGCUUGGGCAGUGGCUUAGUGAAGAAGACGAUGGGCUGGAACCACCCACACAUCUCCUUGGAGCAACUCUUAAAUCUGAUCAAAGGGUUUGUAGAUAUACUGCUUCUGCUUUCUGGGUAUCAAUCUUCUGGUCGACUUGCCCAAUGGGACUCCAACAACAUCAAAAAAGCCUUCCAAUGGGGCCUCUUCUUUGAGAAGGUCCUUGGAAGUUUUGGCUGCUCAGAUGAUUAUGGGGGAUCUAUGGAGGAGCUUGAUGCAGCUCUAUCUGAAAUGACAUCUGCUGCUUCUCUUCCUAAGGGGCUUGCACUUCUUUCAUCUGCUAAUCUUACUACUGCACGGCACUUUGUAUUAGACCAUCUCAUUCAUACCUUACCGUUGAGGGAUGCACAUCUCAGAGCUUUGCUGAUGGCAACUGUAGAGAUGGAUCUUGAAGAGCUAUCAGAAACUGAGCAUGAUUUUCUGAAUGCAUACUUCAACAAGUUGAAGUUGCAGAAUACAUCGCUUCACCGAAGCAUUGCAUCAGCUACAAAGAUUGAAAAUUGCGCUGGUGAUGGUUUCACCAAGUAUGUGGUGCAAGAGCUCUUGAAGCGGUGGUCUAAAAUUUCUUUAAUGUCAGCGGUUGAGGCAGGCUUAGAUGUUCUUUCUCAUAGUAUCAGACAUAGCAGUUGGAGCGAGUUUGAUGAUAAUUUGUUAAAAGAACAACUAAAGCGUGAAAAUGCUCCAGACAUUGUAGAGUGGUUGGUUGGUUCUCUGACAUGGAAUCACUGGAAAUCAAAGAAUAUCUCCUAUUUUCUUGAUAAGAGAACUAUUCAAUUGGUCUCCGGUGCCAGCAUGAUAUUUUCUGCCCCUAAGAUUCAGUGGGUACAAAUAUUUGGACGGCUGAAUUUGAAUGUUUCAGCAGGAAGCAGUGAUGAUGGUCUGCGCGAAACAAUUGAGCUCUUAUUAGUAGGGUGCAUUACAAGCAGAUGGACUUCUCUAAUCGAAUAUAUGGUGUCAGUUUGUUAUGAUUGCAAAAAUAUUUCGGAGCAAUAUCAUGAAGUGUGCAACUUACUUUAUGGAAGAUCUACAGCUCCUAUAUCUAAACAGGAAGCAGUGAGUUCAGAGGAAAGUAACAUUCUUGAAUAUUUGAGUGGACUUCUGGGAAGUCAGCUGCAUCAGUUGUGGAAAAUGUCCCCAUCCCUUGUGGCCGUUGCAAUUCCAUCCCGGUCACCCUUGUUUAGACUUUAUUUGAGCGAAAUUCAGAUUCAGUUUAGAGGAGAGUUUUCAACUAUGAGAUGCUGUGGCUGUGCUCAUGAUAUGAAGGAGCAUAAUGACUGUGAGCUUGCUGAGAGAAUUUGGUGCCUUUACAUUUUUCAUGUUUGUGGCUCCCACCUGUUUGUCUGAAGUUGCGAUGGUGCUUGAAAGUAUCAGGCCAGUCAUCUGUAUGGCCGGUGGGAACUUUUGAUGUAAGAGUCGACCUCAUCCCACUUAUAUGCUUCCAGGAAAGUUCACUAUCAAGAGCCUUUAAUUGAAACAGAAGCCAAAUACAACAGAUGAGCACAAGCAACUUUUUAGAGACGAUCCAUUCAAAAAGUUUUGUAUUACUUGACUGACAUUACAUCACUAGAGGCAAGUCGUCAAUCUUUUCUCCAAACUGGGACCUAUGGGACCUGGGAAUUGUUUUAAAGAAAAGUUGAAUAGACUAUUUGAUUAUAUGUUUAUCAACUUCCACCAAUGGGAUUGUGACAUCUCGUUGAUGAUGCCUGCUAGUGGGAAUUGAUACUUGAAAGCUUCAUCUGCUUGUUUUCUUGCCAACCGUAUAUUAUUCUUGGUGCUUUUUUGCUUCAUUUCAUAUGAGCUCGCUAUAAAACAACACACAGACCAAGGUGGAUAAGGAGCUUAAAAAUGAAAGUUUCUAGCGUCUCUAGCUGUUGGAAAAUCCAGUGUUUGAAGUUGGUGAAGGGAAUCGCAAGCACCGGAUCUGCGGUCACACUUGUUAGCAUUGAAAGAAGAGCAUCAACUGGUUGUUGCCAUGUAUCCUAUCUUUUGAGGAAGUUGAUUUGGAAGUUGAAGUCACAAUGGAAACAAGCUGUGGGAUGGCGAAAGAGCUACACUCAUUACACCUAUGAUCUUCAAAGCUAUUCUCUCAACUUCGACAACGGUUUCGAUGACCAUCUUUCACCUCAUAGUUUCCGGUGAUGCUUUGUCCUCUCAAAGGAUAUAUGGACAAUUUUUCCUUUGAGAUGUAUAGAUAUUUUCCUUUGAGUCAUGCAACUUAGAUUUACAUUCAAAAUUGUUGGCUAAUAAUAAUAGCAUGACCAAAUUUUGUUUCAUUUUCAACCUAUUUCGUUUCUCUGCAGUGAGACUUAUAUCAUGGCAAGAUAAUGUAAAGGAAACCAAACCUUGAAAUAGUUGGAAAAAAGGGAUCUUAACAAUUGCUAUUUCUUCUGUU